CCCAAAUAGGCAGAUAUCCAUACCAGAGCCCAAAAUUGAAAUUCAGGGGAAAAUGGAAGGUUGGAAAACUAAACAAGCAAAAUCAGAUAGAAACCUCGGGAAAACCAGGGGAGGACAGCCAGGAACAGGAAAGAAGGCCGAGAGCAUCAGGAAGCUGGGAAAUCCCGAUUGGAUCGCUGCAUCAGCUGUCUUUCAAGUCCCAACUCGCAACCCACCCCGUUUGCUUCAUCAUCCACUUCCUUACUUCUGUAUAGAGAGGAAGCUAUCAACAUAAAAAGAUCUACUGAUCGAGCUCUGCCUUCUCCGAUUGACACCUCUGUUCCUAGGAGCCCACAUGGAGAUCAUGGAUGAUGCGGCCUAAAUGGAAGCUGGUACAGAAGGUUUGCAAAUCUUAUCUAUCUUUGCUGGUGAUUGAGAAACAAAGCACAAAUGACUCGGCCUAAAAUCUCCCACCGUCCAAGCAUAUGCUUCAGACCUAUACUACCCUCUGAUUUGACGAUUUUAGAGCAACUGCACACUGAAGUAUUUCCUAUUAGGUAUGAGCCCGAGUUUUUCCAACAUGUUGUCAGUGGAAAUGAUAUUGUGUCCUGGGCAGCCAUUGACCGCGGGCGGCCCAAUGGUAAUGGUGAUGAACUAAUAGGAUUUGUUACUGCAAGGAUAGUGCUGGCCAAAGAAAGCGAGAUCGGAGAUUUACUUAGAUAUGACCCCUCUAGACCUGAUCAAACAUUACUCUAUAUUUUGACGCUUGGAGUAGUGGAUACCUACAGGAAUCUUGGCGUAGCAUCUUCUCUUAUCCGUGAGGUCAUUCGAUAUGCUUCAAGUGUUCGAACAUGCCGUGCAGUUUACUUGCACGUUAUUUCGUACAACAUUGCUGCAAUCCAGUUGUAUAAAAAAAUGUCAUUCAGGUGUAUACGAAGGUUGCAAGGCUUUUAUUUCAUCAACGGCCAACACUAUGAUUCUUACUUGUUCGUUUACUACGUGAACGGCGGUCGUUCUCCAUGCUCGCCAUUAGAGCUUGCUGCGGCCGUAUUGGCGUACAUGAGGAGUGGUCUGAAGUCCAUGGCAUCCCGGCUAAGGAAGAAAGACGACGACUUGGUGAAAUGGCCCAAAUGCAAGGAAGCACAUUCACUUGUAUCAACGCAAAGUAAGAAAAAUCUGACUGCAGAAUGUGGCGGAUAUGAAUGUGUAUAAUAAGCUAUUGCUUUGAGCUUUUGCUUUGUAGUAUCGUGAUAUGUUUACAGAACCGGUGGCUGAACAUAAAUUGCUUGCAUGAGCCAAGCUAGAUAUGCAUUAUUGUAGAAAGGUUAGGGUUUUUACUAAUUUAAUCGGACAUGUGAGAGACUAGAAUACUAAUUACGUUUCUUCAAAUAAAUUUUCUGCUUUGUGACA